AUGCUUGGCCUUGAGCAUGUGCUCUUUCUGAUAUCGACGUUUUGUUUUCCACCGGUUGCCUUAACAGUGUUAUUGUGCAUUGUUCUGGCGACUUUUGGAAAAUCGUUGGGACUACGACAAAUUUACGUCGACACUCUUAUCUAUAUUUUUGAGUGGGGCGCACGUCAAAUCAAAACUACGGAACAAAUAAAACGAAAAGAAAGCACAGUUUUCCCAACAUCGGAUUAUGACGAAGAUGAAAUUGACGCAUUUGAUUCGAUUUCCAAUCGCGACGAAUCAGAAGAUGAUAACCCAUCAGUUGAUUCGGACUUUGCCGAUGACGAUAAAUGCAAUCUCAAAAAAAAAUUUGGCUCGACAAGCAGUCUUGGUUCGAUGGGUUCUGUUUGCAGCAUUCGGAGCCGAAAGCUGUCGGACUGCAGCACAUUAGGAAUCAUAAAAAGAGAGACGCAAAUCAAUCUUGAUGACAAUGUUGAUGAAAAUAUUCCGGAGGAAGUAUUCGUAAAAAGUCGUGGAUGGGCUGCUAUUCGAGAUUCUAUCGAUUUCGUCAAGGCUGGAAUGGAAGCAAUAAUUGAAGACGAAGUGACGAGCCGAUUCGAAGCAGAACAACUUAUGACAUGGAACAUGCUCACAAGAACCAGUAUCAAGUUCUAUCAAUUUGUUAACUGGAAACUUAGCGCACUAUGGAUUAUUGGAUUUCUGUUCCGCUACUGUGUUAUGCUUCCGCUCAGAUUCACCUUGUUCUGUAUUGGCAUCACUUUCUUGAUCAGUUCCACUGCACUAAUAGGUCUCGUUCCAGUGAACAGUUGGAAAAAGGUUUUGAACUAUAAGUGCAUGCUUAUCUGUUAUCGAAUUCUUUCAAGAAGUCUCACCGCUGUCGUCUACUUCCACGACGAUCAUUACAAGGCGAAUGGUCAAGGAAUUUGCGUCGCUAAUCAUACCUCUCCAAUUGAUGCUAUGAUUCUAUCUAUCGACAACGUUUAUGCGCUCAUCGGGCAAAAACACGACGGACUUCUUGGGGUUAUACAGCGUGCACUUUCUCGAGCGUCAAGUCAUAUUUGGUUCGAAAGAAGUGAAGCCAAAGACAGAAUGAUCGUGGCGCAACGACUUCGAGAGCAUUGUACUGACCCAGACAAGCUUCCGGUCCUGAUCUUCCCGGAGGGAACAUGCAUUAACAACACGUCAGUGAUGAUGUUCAAGAAGGGAUCGUUUGAAAUUGGAACUACUAUCUACCCAAUUGCAAUGAAAUACGACUCACGAUUUGGAGAUGCGUUCUGGAACAGCUCUGAACAGUCGUGGUUUGGCUAUGUCAUGCGAAUGAUGACCUCGUGGGCAAUUAUCUGCAAUGUUUGGUAUUUGCCGCCGAUGAUCAAGGAAGAAGGAGAAGACGCAGUUGAUUUUGCGAAUCGUGUUAAGAAAACAAUUGCGAACAAAGGAGGACUUGUUGAUUUAGAUUGGGAUGGUGGCCUAAAACGCGCAAGAGUUCCACCAAAAUUGAUUGCUAAACAACAAGAAAAAUAUGCUCAUCGAUUAUCUAGAUAUACCUCAACAUCUGAUACUGGAAAUCCGUUUGAUAAUUCUGAUUGCAACAGAGACGUGUCCGAGUAUAAUAUGCUUGAAGAACUUACAGAAGAUGUCGUAGAAGAGGAUGAAACUUUCCAGAAUGAUUAUAUUGAGGAAGAGGAGACGAUACAGACACUUUCUCAUUCAACUACAUUAAACGAUUCAUCUCAUUCUCCAGCAGCAAUUGCAUCUUAA